AGACGCUGUCUCGCGGCGCUUCGAAGGCGCAUGCUCCGGAGCGCGCGUCCGACGUUGGAGGUGGUUGGUCGGUGAGAGUUGAUGGAGAAGAUUCGAGGUGGUUAUUUCCAGUCAGAGGAGGAAGCCAGUGUCUGCCAUUCACUCUACGUGUCUCCCUGCCAUGAUCAGGUGUCUAUCAGAUGAAGUACAAGCCAAGCUGCGUUCCGGUUUAGCCAUAAGCUCCCUAGGCCAGUGCGUCGAGGAACUCGCCCUUAACAGUGUUGAUGCUGAAGCAACAUGUGUGGCCCUCAGAGUGAACAUGGAAACCUUCCGAGUUCAAGUGAUAGACAAUGGACUUGGGAUGGCGGGGGACGACAUAGAGAAGGUGGGAAACCGGUAUUUUACUAGUAAAUGCAACUCGGUACGGGACUUGGAGAACCCAACAUUUUACGGUUUCCGAGGAGAGGCCUUGGCAAGCAUAGCCGACAUGGCUAGUGCUGUAGAAAUUGUAUCCAAGAAAAGCACAGCAUUGAAAACCUUUGUGAAAAUGUUUCAAAACGGAAAAGCCCUCACCACCUGUGAGGCUGAUUUGACCAGACCAAGUGUAGGGACUACAGUAACGGUCUAUAACCUGUUUUACCAGUUUCCUGUUCGGAGGAAAAGCAUGGAUCCUAGACUAGAGUUUGAGAAAGUUAGGCAGAGGGUAGAAGCUCUCUCACUUAUGCACCCCUCCAUUUCUUUCUCUUUGAGGAAUGAUGUUUCUGGUUCCAUGGUUCUUCAGCUCCCUAAAACCAAAGACAUAUGUUCUCGAUUUUGUCAAAUUUAUGGAUUGGGCAAGUCCCAAAAGUUAAGAGAAAUACAUUUUAAAUAUAAGGAAUUUGAGAUAAGUGGCUACAUCAGCUCCGAAGCACACUACAAUAAGAAUAUACAGUUUUUGUUUGUGAACAGAAGACUAGUUUUAAGAACAAAGUUGCAUAAACUUAUUGACUUUUUAUUAAGAAAAGAAAGUAUUAUAUGCAGGCCAAAGAAUGGCUCUGCCAGUAGGCAAAUGAAUUCAAGUCCUCGACACCGAUCUGCCUCAGAACUCCACGGGAUAUACGUAAUCAAUGUGCAGUGCCCAUUCUGUGAGUAUGAUGUCUGCAUAGAGCCAGCCAAAACUCUGAUUGAGUUUCAGAACUGGGAUACUGUGUUGAUUUGUAUUCAGGAAGGAGUAAAAAAGUUUUUAAAGCAAGAAAAAUUAUUUGUAGAGUUAUCAGGUGAAGAUAUUAAGGAAUUUAAUGAAGAUAAUGGUUUUAGUUUGUUUGAUACAACUCUUCAGACACAUGCAUCUACUCAUGAGAAGUGUGACCAGAGCAGUUUCCAGGAAGCGUGUAAUAAUAUUUUGGAUUCCUAUGAAAUGUUUAAUUUACAGUCAAAAGCUGUGAAAAGAAUAGCUACUGUAGAAAAUAAAACCACACAAAAUUGUGGCGAUUCAGAAACUAUCAGAAAAAAAACAGUGGAUUCAUUGUCCACUUAUGAAUCAGAUGGCCUGGGCCACAGUAAAACAAUAGAGCCUGCGUCACACGACAGCAGCAGUGCUUGCUUAGAAUCAAGGGUGUUAGAAGAAGAGGUAGCCAAAAUAUCACACUCUGGAGAAAAUGAGAAAUGGAAAAAAUUGUUGUUGGAAAAUAGGACUUCAGAAAGGCCACAUGAAACCAGUCCAAAAAUGUUUUCAAGCCCCAUUCAAACACAUCAUCUCCUUGAGGAGAGUGAGGCAGAUCUGGGAAUGCAGACAGUAAGUAGGACUGUUAAUGUCAUAGCUGCCAGCAUCCCCCCAAAUAGUGAAACUCAGAGUCAACUGGAGAUGUUUAAAGAUGCCCCUGAAGUGAGGUGGCAACCUCUGCCUUUUGAGACAACACCAUUAAGAGUACAGGGUACUCAGAGGAAGAAGGAAAGAAAGAAAAAGGAGCCCAGUAGUCGUGGAAGAGCAAAUGUUUUUAGUUAUGGACAAGUUAAGUUAUGCUCCACUGGCUUUAUAACUCAUGUGGUACAAAGUGAGCACGGUAAAUCAACUAAAACAGAACAUUCAUUUAAAAAUUAUGCUCGCCCGGGUCCUGUAAGUGCCCACGAAACAUUUGGAAAUAGAACACACCACGCAAUUGAGACUCCAGACAGCAGCCAUUUAACAAGCACUUUAAGUAAAGAAUCCACUCAACCACCCAACAAAAGAUUUUGCAGGACAAAUACAGGUUAUGGGACAGAGAACAAACCUGGAGCAACAGACGACAACUUGGCUCUUUUUCAGGAAAGCUGUAAAGAAUCACACACAGAUUGCUUUUUGCCUGAUACAUCCUCCUUUCCAUGGUGUAGAUAUGUUUCUGGUGGUUGUAAGAAAAUAAAUAAAAUGGGUUCCUUCAAACACAUAGUCCGUAGGAAGCUAAGCUUGCGUUCACAAGUAGGGUCUUUAGAGAAGUUUAAGAGGCAGUAUGGGAAGGUUAACAAUUCCCUACAUACAGAAGAGGAUAAUAACACUGAAGUCAGGACCCAGCUUGACCCUCACAAUGAACCUGAUAUUCUUCUGAAAGACAAGAGCCACUCACAUAUGUCCGAUGGUUGUGAGAUCACUACUGUGGAGCACAGUGAUACUUGUCAACCAUUAAGUCCCAUCCUGCACCCAGAGAAAAUUUCAUUUUCCAAAGAAGAUUGCUUAGAACAGAUGCCUCAUUUGAGAGAAAGUCCUAUUACUCUGGCAGAAUUAUCUCACUGCAACAGAAAACCUGAUGUUGAGAAGCCCACUGAAUCACUGGCUUCUAAAUUAUCCAGACUAAAGGAUUCUGAAAAAGAGAUGCAAACCAUGGAGAUGACAGGUCAUAUUAGUGAUCUUUCAGAUUCAGAUCCUAGUUGGAAAGAUAGGAGCCAGUGCACUAGGUUAGACUUAGAUUUUUGUGAAUUAUUAAAAAACAAAAUUGAGAAAAAAGAGAGUGAUGGGCUUCCAAUGCCAGAUUCUGCCAUGGAGGAUGGUUCCAUCAAUAAAAACAGUGCACUACAUUCUAACAUGAUAACGGAGGACACAGAGAAACCAGAAACUUCUUUGCUGUUACCCUGUAAUGAUUCUAAAAUCUGCAAAGAUUCAGAUGUUCUCAUCAGAGCUUCAGAGCAACAUACCGGAAGCCCUGACUCUGCCAGUAAAAUGAUAAUGAGCCAGGUAGAAGAUAGAACUGGCAGCCAAGGUGAAGUCUGUUCCCAGAGUGAUGGAUCUGAGGCAAGAUCUUGUUCUGAAGAUGAAGAAUCAAAUAUGUGUAGUAUGGGUUGGCAGCAGCAUUUUGAUGUAACUCUGGGAAGAAUGGUUUACAUCAACAGAGUGACAGGACUUAGCACAUUCGUUGCUCCUACUGACGACACUCAUACUGCUUGUACAAAAGAUCUGACAACCGUGGCUGUGGAUGUCCUGCUUGGGAAUGGGUUUCAGUACAGGUGUCAUCCUUUUAGAAGCGACCUCAUUCUUCCUUUCCUCCCAAGAGCUCAGGAAGAAAGGACCACGCUGAGACACCACAGAGAUGCUGUGGAUGUGGCUGCUGCUGUCAGUGAACCCCUUCAGUCUUUAUUUUCAGAAUGGAACAAUCCAGUGUUUGCCCGAUACCCAGAGGUUGCUGUUGAUGUCAGCCGUGGCCAGGCCGAGAGCUUAGCAGUUAAGAUUCACAACGUACUGUAUCCCUAUCGCUUCACCAAAGAGAUGAUGCGUUCAGUGCAGGUUCUCCAGCAAGUGGAUAACAAGUUUAUUGCCUGCUUAAUGAGCACGAGGACGGAUGAGAGCGGUCAAGCAGGUGGAAACCUGUUAGUCCUGGUGGACCAGCAUGCUGCCCAUGAGCGCAUUCGAUUGGAGCAGCUGAUCACUGACUCCUAUGAGAAACAAGCUCCACAAAGCGCCGACCGGAAAAAAUUACUGUCUUCCACAAUAAUCCCUCCACUGGCGAUCACCGUGUCAGAAGAACAAAGGAGACUCUUGCGGUCUUACCACAAGCAUUUAGAAGAUCUGGGACUUGAGUUGCUCUUUCCAGAUGCUAGCGAUUCUUUGAUCCUGGUGGGAAAAGUGCCACUCUGCUUUGUAGAAAGAGAAGCUAAUGAACUCCGAAGAGGACGAUCUGCCGUGACUAAGAGUAUUGUGGAGGAAUUUAUUCGAGAACAAGUAGAGCUGCUCCAGACCACAGGAGGUGUCCAAGGGACACUGCCGCUGGCUGUCCAGAAGGUGUUGGCCUCCCAGGCCUGCCAUGGGGCUAUUAAGUUUAAUGAUUGUCUGAGCCUAGAAGAGAGCUGUCGUCUUAUUGAAGCUCUGGCCUUGUGCCAGCUGCCAUUUCAGUGUGCUCAUGGGAGGCCGUCAAUGCUGCCCUUAGCUGACCUGGACCACUUGGAACAGGAAAAACAGGUUAAACCCAAUCUCACUAAACUUCGCAAAAUGGCUCAUGCCUGGCAUCUCUUUGGAAAAGCAGAAGGCUGUGAUACAAAGCAGAACCUGCAACAGCCCAUACCUCCUUGUGAACCACCAUGAGAAGAGAAUUACGGAUGUGUAAGGAGACAAGGGGGUGCUGUGCCUCCCUCAGAGCAGAGAGCAGUACAGCUGUGAGCAGGUGGGGCUGGCACAUCAGUCUCCUGGAGCAGAUGGAGCAGGCAGAUGCACUGGAGCCUAGGGGUAGCUUAUUUCUGUGCAUCCAUGGACACAGGAGUUUGCUGUAUCAUACCUAUCUUUUGUACAUUGAUUUAGUGAUAAAAUGUAAUGCUUUUGUAGUUGGUGGGUUGGCUUACGCUUGAGAGGUGCAGCUAUUGUUUUUGAGCAGUUCUCCAGCCUCUCAGUUCACAUCACCUGAGGAUGCUAAGCGCUGCUCUGCUGUCCUCCAAGCCCCUGGUGCAGCCCCUCCCCAUACACCCCUCUUCUGCAUUUGUCUCCUUAGCCUCAUGCCCCACUCCUGCUUCUUCACAUAUUGCAUUACAGAUUUAUGGUGUCUCUCUGCUCGAUAUAAAAAUAUUUCCUGAUGUCUUCCAGAGAGACUUUAAAUGAUAUUAGGGAUUAAAAGUUAUUUAUAGCUGGGUGUGGUGACAUGUACCUGUAAUCCUAGUAUCUGGGAGGCUGAGACAAGUCUGUGACAGGACACUAUUAGCCUAGGCUGUAUAUAUAGCAAGACCCUGACUCAAAAUAAAUAAACUGCUGACAAAGAGAAACACAAAGACAGAAUAGAAGAAGUUUGAAAAAAAAAUUUUUUUUUAAUUCUCUUGGUAGCCUGGGCUGUCCUGGAACUCAAUCUGUAGACCAGGCUAGCCUGGAACUCAGAGAUCCCCUGUUUCUGCCUCUGGAGUGCUGGGAUUAUGGUGUGUGUUACCACAGCAUGGGCUAGUAAAUUUGCAAUCUUAUCCCUAUUUUUUUGAUAGUCUUACUGUUUUUUAAAACCAGAAGUGAAUGUUUAUAUCCUGAACUAAUAAAACAUUAAA